AUGGAUGUUGAAGAAGACUUGUUGAUAGUUGACGAGGUCGGCGUCUCUAGUCAACAAGCAGGGCGCGAACAAACUUCCGCCCGGCCCGUGUUUUCAGACCCUGAGAGGGUCUAUUGUAGAGUGGCGGAUCCCGGCCAGGAAAGACUCCGCCGAAGCGAAGGCUCGGGUGGAUAUUCGUAUGCGGACGCGGUUCGGGACCGCGUGGUGCGGAAUUCGAAUGUCGCCCGGCGAAAAUCUACAAUUGGCGCCCAACGUGGGGCCUCUUUUUCAAACAUUACAGAUUUUAGGUGCAGCAGGAGCCAAGGUGAUUCUCCAAAUUUUUUAGGUGACAGGUGCCAUGUUCGACAACAUGAAACUUUUUUAGAUUUUAGGUCACAGGAACCGAAGGAGGAUCGAAGAUCAACCUCGAGCAGACUUUCAACGCCCGCCAGCCAACAAAAUGAAAUUGUUUUAAAUAACAAUCGUUUUGAAAUUGUUGACAGGUACGAAGAAAAGCCGCGCAUUGAUUUUUCAGCAAAUAAUUUAGGUUACAGGUUUAUCCCCAAACAGGAUAUUUUAGGUUUUAGGUGCCAGGGUGAUCCGAAGUUGCAGGAGUUCGGACUGAAUAAGCUGCGAUUAGCGUCCAGUAGAUCACGGCGAAAUAAAAUUUUAGGUAACUGCAACAGGUGCAGAGCGACCGAGCGAGAGAGAGACACAGUUGAACACAAGUCGACGAGUCGGGAACCGCUUCAUUCAACUGGUAUGAAGUCUCAGGUUCAUCAACCGCGUAUAGGUGCCGAGCGUGACAACGACUUUUGUCGUCGCGAAUUGCUUCGACCUGACAGAUUUGAUGGCACCGGCUGUCUCAAAACUUUCUUUAAAAAGUUUGAGAUAUGUGCCAGGUACAAUAAUUGGAAUCUCGUAGACAUGGAAGCGUAUUUGUCAUGUUCGUUAACAGGUGAAGCUUCACAGGUUCUCUGGGAUUUAACAGGUUUAGGUUACCAAGAGCUGGUAUCUAAGCUAGAAGAUCGUUUUGGAACAAGAGGUCAUGAAGAGUCAUACAGGUACGAAUUACAGAUUCUUCGUCAAAAACCUGCCCUCGAUAAUGCUGAAUUAGAAUUAAAGGUUAAGGAAAAAGAACCAAAGAACAUUGACGAUGCUCUUAGAUUCGCACAGCGUCUUGAAGUUUCAAAGAUGGUGGUAGAUUCAUCUCACAGCACAGUGGAUCACGUGAACAAGUCAAUUGAAAAUAACGAUCGUGUCUUGUAUCUGCCAAUCACAAUUAAUGGCAAAAGAAGAUUAGGUUUACUUGAUAGUGGCAGUAGUGUAUCCAUUGUUCCAACGUCUAUGGUUGAUGUCACAAAGAUCAGACCGACGAAAAAGAGAUUGAAAGCUGUCAACAACACAGAAAUUCCAGUCAAAGGAGAAAUGAAGUUGCAAAUUAAAGUUGAUGAUUAUUCCAAAUCAGCGUUAGUGUUGGUGUCUGAUCAUGUUUCAGAAAUUGUUUUAGGUUUAGAUUGGCUCAGGAACAAUCAUAUCUCGUGGAAGUUUGGCGAAGGAAAAAUCGCCGUGGGUAACAAAAAUAGAACGAUGAAAUUAGUUAUUAAACAUUUUUCAUGCAGGAAGCUUUGUCGUAUUGAAGCUCACACAGAAGUGCGCAUCCCUGCGCAGACUGAAUUAGACGUGCCAGCAAAGAUGAUUGUUCGCCAGCCGUCCAAGUUAGAAUCGACCGGAUUUAUGUGUUCGGAAAACAGACAAAUAGAAUCGGGUGUAUAUGUAGCUAGAACGUUACUACCUAUAAAAUAUGAAAGACAGUGUGUUAGGAUCUUGAAUGUCAACGAUCAGCCGGGGGUGAUAAACCGGGGAACGCGAUUGCCAGAUUUAUCAUCGGCUGUGGAAGCAAAGGAAUCAGUUGAUCGUCUAGCAUAUGAAAAUCUAACAGAAGUUACAGGUAUGGUUGAUGGAUUAGUAAAAGAUAUUUUUAAGAAAGCUAGAGAAGAGUUGAUUCAAAUACUUAAAAGUUUCUCAGACAGAUUUAGCUGUGCGAGUGGGGAAAUAGGUGCUACAAAAGGAGUUUUUCAUAAGAUUUAUACUCAGGAUGCACGACCGGUAAAACAACAGCUGAGGCGACAUACUCCGGCGCAUCAGAAGGUGAUUGCGGAACAGGUUGAGCCUGAAGACAUCGCAGAAGACGAUUCCAUAGGGGAGCCAACAGAAGCACCAUCACGAAGUAGCGACGAGUCGACCGAGUCGCUUGUCCAAACCUGGACAGGCGAAGAUACGCCAGAAUUUUUAACAGGGCAGCCGGACAUCGUUCCAGAACUUGUGAAGCUUGCUGACGAACUCUUUGAUCAGCGACCAGAUUUGUUUGCCGUAGGUAACCAGCCAUCGAUGGACCUGUUUGCUGGUCUGGACGAACGACCGACAGAAAACGAUCAGCAACUGACGGAAACUCAAUCGAGCACGACGGCCACAACAAAAAGAAAAAGGAGGAAACCGACGAGGUGGGGACCGGAGCUAGAAAGAUGGAUGGUGGAAGUUCCUGAGUCUGGUGAAGAUCUAUAA